CAUUAAAAUAGUUACCUGAGCUGUGUCACACCUGGAGAAAAUGACUCUGGUGCAGACCUUUUGUGCCGACCAUAACGACAUUCAAUGGCUCUUAUGGCUUCCACCAGAAACGACAGAGAUGUUAAAAUCAACCACAGGGGCAAGGUUUAUUUUCGAAGGGCCACAGGUGGUAGCGUUUCACUUUGUCACAAACCGACACCGAGACGAUCUGAACAAGUGGAUAAAGCUGCUCGAUGAAGUGGCACAGGAAUACGCCGGACGAAUUUUAUUUGGCCUGCGAGAUAUUGCCAACAUAGGAGAGUUUAAUUCAAACCUUAAUCCCGAUGAUUUUGGCACCUACCGAAAGGGGUUGCCUCCGCGGAUCUACGGUAAGGAUUCUGAAGGCCGAGUCUACGACAUGCACAAGCUGGUCAGUGCCAAGUAUCUGAAAGAGUUUUGUGACCAACUGUUGGCGGACCAGCUUUUCCGCGCCGUCAUCCUGGCGGCCACUCCUUCGCAGGAUUCUAAGCCAAUGAACUACUUUGAUCUUAGGGGGGAGCGCAGUUGUGAUAUGCUUGUAAUGCUCUAUGAUCCCGCCUGCUAUUAUUGGCCCAUCCAGAAAAGAAUGCUUCGAAAACUGAUCAGGCUUCUGGCCAACGAAGAUUUGCUAAUUUUGAUUGUGGACAAGGCGAAUAAUUACUUAGGUGUGGGCUUCACCCGCUGGCUGCAGAUGGUCAAUUGCCAUGGUUCUACCAUCUUCACCACGCCACGUCGCGAUGGUUGGGACAUCAAGCUGACGACGCGAAUGGAGAGCACACGUGGAUACUUGCGAUACAUUGCCCAGAACAGGCAGCCGGAAUUAAUUGACUUUGAUGCCGAAGGAGAACCCAGAGCGCCAGAGGAAUCCCUCGAGUACAUCCAGUAUUUGUUUUAGAUCUUAGCAGUCUACUAUUGUGAUUCAUUUAUAAAAAAAGAGGACUCUUAAAGCCGAGUAGUUUGAUUAAUCAAUACUACUCCCUUCAAAAUAUUUAUCUUAAUUAUGAAAGUGCCUGAAUAUGACUUCCAUACAUGUAAAAAGUGAAAUUAUCUUUAGAAAAAUAUAAAAAGUCGAUAACGUGCAAAGUUCGAAAACGUUCCAAGACACAGAAAACGUUUUACCUAGUAUCAAAAUCAACACGCACUAUUUG